UGCGGCAGGAACGGCGGCCCUGGCAGAUACCGACUGUUGGACUUUCAGGGGAGUUUUGCAUGAAUAGACGAGUAAUUCAGUCAGUGGCGACGAGGUGAUUAGCAUUUUGAGUGGAUUCACCACCAGCUCUGUCCCAUUCACAGGGCGAAUUUAGGCCAGAGAUCCAAAAUGGGAGGCAAGCUCAGCAAAAAGAAGAAGGGAUACAACGUAAAUGAUGACAAGGCCAAAGACAAGGAUGCCAAAGCAGAGGGGGCCUCUGCUGAAGAGAGCGAAGCACCGAAAGACAACAAAGAUGAUGCCCCGGCUGCCACCGAUGGUAAGGAGGUAGCGAACGACACGGCAGCCAAGGAGGCGCCAGCAGCAGACGCUGCGGCGCCCAAAGAGGACGCAGCUCCUGCCACUAAGGAGCCAGAGAAACCUGCUGCCAAUGCUGAGCCGAAAACAGAGGCGCCUAAAAGCGCAGAGCCCGACAAGGCUGAGGAGAAACCAGCUGCGCCCGCCCCGGCCAAAGAAUCGGCCCCUGCCGCCAAGGAGCCUGAGGCUAAGGCCGCAGCGCCUGCCCCGGCUGCUGAGAGUAAAGAUGAGGCCGACGCCAAAAAGACUGAGGCCCCCGCGGCACCAGAAGCCAAAGCCGAGGCAGCCCCUGCUGCCUCUCCUGACCCCAAGUCCACAGAGGCAGCAGCGGCGGCUCCCGCACCGGCAAAGGAGGCCGCCGCAGCCCCUAGUUCAACACCAGCCGCUGAGCCUCCUGCCAAGGAGGCGAACGCCACAGAGGCACCGAGCAAGGAUCAAACCGUAGCAGUUCAAGAUUAAUGGACAGCUUCUUUUCGGAAAUGAAAAAAUAAAGUACCUAACUCAACGACGAUUAAGAUUUAAAAAAAUCAAAAUGAAAUUAACUAGCCCGCCCAUAUUAUGAUGAUAAUAAUAAUAAUAAUAAAAAUAAUAAUAAUAAUAAUUGUAAUCAUGACGAUUUGUUGAAUGAGGAGGACUGGAGCAACCACCUGGAGAUGUUUCCCACCGUUGCAGAUGAUUAUUGCUAUUAUUAUUGUUAUGUUUUUAUUUUUUUCUGCUGUAGUAUUUGAACUUUGAUACGAGUUUGUGUCAGCCAUACGCCUUGCCAUUCCGCAUCCAUCAUCCCUCUCCCUCAUACAGUCAAGAGGUUUAACCUGACUCCCAUCUCAGCCCACAAAAGGCCUGUGCUCAUACAUUCACAUGCACCCUCUGCUCUGUGGAUGUCAGAAUAUCAAAAUUUGGGGGAAAUGGGAGGGAGGGGAGUGGGGAAGGGGGGCGUAAGAUACUAUGUAACCAGCUGGACUCUGUCCACUCUUCAGCUCCCCUCCUUCCACUCAUCCUCCCCUUUAGAGUACCGUGUUCUCGGCUUUGGCCUGGUACCUCCAGUAUUUUGGUGCCGUGGAAUUGUGG